CUGUUACAGUCGGUCUGCAAUCGAUUCGGUUUGGUUCUGGCAGCAAAAACUCGUCACGCUACACUCAUCCUUUUUAUUGUUUUUGCUCCUCUAGCAUGGCCAUUGAGCAAGCUGAUUGACUACUUCUUGGGCAGAGAAGUCAGAGAAAUCUACUCGGAAGAAAAGCUUAAAACACUUAUCAAAGUACAGGCGAAGAAAAUGGAGGAGGCUGCUCAAGAUAUUCUCGCUAGGAUAGCAGAUUUCCCAAAGAAAACAGUAGAGGACAUGAUGACGCCGAUGGAGGACACCUUUGUUAUUAGCAGUAGUGAUAGGUUGGAUGUAAAGGUACAAUCUGUUAUGGAGAUGCACAUUAUGUCAGGGUACACUACGUCAGUGAUUUGGGCACUUUUGCAGUUACUAGUAACAAUCCUUGAAAAAGGAUAUACAAGAAUACCUGUUUUUGAAGAGAAGAAUCGCCUUAACCUGACCGCUGUUCUGAAUGUGAAGGAUCUCGCAACGAUGACGAUUGACCAUCGGUCGACUGUUCAACAAUUUAUGAGCAAGAUUGACGACUCUAGAAAACAGAUGCGAUUCGUGUUGGCUUCACAGAGAGGGGAGGCUCUGAUGCAGGAAAUGAUGAAAGGAGACCAACAUCUUUGUGCGGUGAUGAAGUUUUCCUACGGAAGGUACCGUGUUGUAGGCCUCAUAACACUCGAGGAUGUUAUCGAGGAAGUCUUCGGCGAUAUCGAGGAUGAUUCCGACAAGAUGUGGAACAACCGUCGAGCUGGCGUUCACAAGGAUCAGCAGACUCUGGACUGGUUUCGUACAUCCGAAGCAGAACAGUUCGCUGGCCUCGGAGUAAACGCAACGCUGAGACUAAUCCAG